ACUAUAGAUAGUAUACUACUAUCUGUAGAUACUGUAGCUAAUCACGUGGUGAAAAUAUCACAUAACCUAUGUUAUAUUUGUAAAAAACACUGACAAAAAUUAAAACGCAAACAUGUAUUUGAUGUAUUAUUUCAAUGAAAAUGGAGAUCGUGUGUAUACGUUAAAGAAAAUAGAUCCCAAUGGAAAACCCACACUAUCAGCACAUCCAGCUCGAUUUUCGCCGGAAGAUAAAUAUUCAAGAGAAAGAAUAACACUAAAAAGAAGAUAUGGCUUACUGCUUACUCAACAACCAUUGCCUACUUAUUGAUAUUCAUUUGUAUUUUUAAUUGGAUAUAAUUAUUUUGUACAAAAAUGUAAUUAAAUAGACUGUUAUAAAACUUAUAAAACGUA